CGCACGGCGUUCGGGGUUGCCCGCAGCGCAUGCGCACUCGGACAGGUGAAGCCAAGAUGCCUCGCACAUGCGCAGUGGAGUAGGAGGACAUGGAGUCCUGCAGUCCAGCUUUGUGACACGUGCGGUGACCUGGAGGUUAAACCGGGGAUGGCAUAGUAUGUACUGAGGGCUCUCCAACCACUGCAUUCUCACUUAUUAAUUUAUCUUAUUCGUAUCAGAGUAUUAUUUUAUUCAACAUUUAAUUCUGCAGUCUGAACAAGCCUGGAGUGGCAGUUCUGUGGCCCUACAGCUCUUGUUAAACUACAAUUCCCACGAUCCAGGUCAUGCCAGUAAACUGCUGAUUCCAAGCUCAGCAGCUGUAACUACAAUUCCCAUUAUCCAUGCAAGUUAUCUGUGGUUGAACUACAAUUCCCACGAUCCAGGUCAUGCCAGUUAACUGCUGCUUCCAAGCUCAGCAGCUGUGGUUAAACUACAGUUCCCAUUAUCCAUGCCAGUUAUCUGUGGUUAAACUAUAAUUCCCAUGAUCCAGGUCAUCCCAGUAAACUGCUGAUUCCUAGAUCAGCAGCUGUGGUUAAACUAUAAUUCCCGUGAUCCAUGCCAGUUAUCUGUAGCUCAGCAGCUGUGGUUAAACUAUAAUUCCCAUAAUCCAUGCCAGUUAUCUGUGGUUAAACUAUAGUUCCCAUGAUCCAUGUCAGUUAUCUGUAACUUAGCAGCCGUGGUUAAACUAUUAUGAUCCAGGUCAUGCCAGUAAACUGCUGAUUCCAAGCUUAGCAGCUGUGGUUAAACUAUAAUUCCCUUGAUUCAUGCCAGUUAUCUGUUGCUUAGCAACUGUGGUUAACCUAUAAUUCCCAUGAUCCAUGUCAGUUAUCUGUAGCUUAGCAGCUUUGGUUAAACUAUAAUUCCCAUGAUUCAUGCCAGUGAUUUGAAAUCUGUUGCUCAUUAGCUGUGGUUAUAGUGCUAUUCUUAUGAUCCUGGUCAUUCUAAGGAUCUACUGAUCUGUAGCUCUCCGGAUUGGUAAAACUAUUGACUGGGUGUUGAGGCCAGCGGACUAUUGACACCAUAGCCACUACAAUGUGCAGUUGUGGUCACGGUGCCUAAAGUGCCCCUGAUGCGGAGACCCUACACCCACUCUCAAUUCUGAGAGUAGCUUAAAACUGCAGUGAUGCAGUUAUGAUUGGCAUUUACCGUAUGUAGCACUUUUAAAGGACCGCUAAAGUCACCCAUGCCACUUCAUCUCCAUGUGGUCCUUUCAUUUUGACCCUGCAAGGAAAAACAUUGCUGUUUUGCAGAAACAAUAAAGUUUAUUUUGAAAGGUUAAAAACCCCUCUAGUGGCUGGAAUAUGUGCUCAGAGCUAACCACUAGGUCCCCAAUGCUCCUUUAUGUUCCCUGUUAAGGGUUAAUAAGUAUAUAGGGGUGUAUAUAAAAAAUACCCUUCUCUGUCUCAUUAGAAAUAUCUUUGCCAGAAGCUCAAGGAAGCAAGUGUAGAACCCGCUAAGAGGGGGGUGGUCUGCCUUGACGUUGGCAGACGGGCACAUCCUCCAUUGGCCAUUAGAGUAAGUAAAUAACCUCCAUUUGUUUAAAUAUACAGUGGGAUUUAGGAGAGAGCGUAGGUAACGUUUUUCUUUGGUUUUUACUGUAUGUAUUGGGGCUGAUGUGUACUAUGGUCGUUGCUGCCGGCCAAGAGUGAUGGGAGUGAGUGCAGGAUUUGUAUUCCCUUUAUGAGGAGCAUUGAAUGGGAACACACCAGAGUAGGCCAUGUCUUCUCCAUGACCUCGUGGGAGGAGAAACAUCGCUCAUUUUGCAUAAUCUAUAUUACAUUUUUGACGUUUUUGAUACUCCUGCAUGACGGGGGGAGAAAUUCAGUCUGAUGCCCCGUUUCCACUAAGCGGUUCGGUUCAGUACGGUCUGGUUUGCUAUUUUGAGUGUUUCCAUUAUGAAAGAUACAACCGAACUAAACCGCACCAUUCCUGGGCCCUCUUCAGAUGUAGGUCCAUAGGAAAUGGUACAGUACGGUUAGGGCGGAGCUUCUGGCGGCACACUAUACAAUCCAUUGAUUGGCGGACAGAAAAACGUCAAUGCUUACGACAAAUGAUACGCUAGGCAUUUGGUCUAAACCCUGCAUUCCACCUGGCGGUCCGACUUGCAGUGGAAACGCUUACCUGAAUAGGCUGGACCAUUCUAACCCUUCCAAACUGUACCGACCCGAACCAUACCGCUCAGUGGAAACGAGGCAUUAGAUAUCCAUUGGGCACGGCUGCUCACCUCUUGUUAGUGAACUAGCGCAAGUAAAAUUGUAUCUGGAAGCUCUGUUCAUGAAGUCGGGCAGCUCACUGGCUGAGAACGAUCAGUUCACUCACCGUCAAUGAGCUGCCUCUUUACUGCAAGGCUUCACGCAGUAUAGCAAGUGGAAGUACUUAGCAGGAGUUUUAAUUUCUGGGGCUGCACCCUGCGGCUAAAAUGUCAAACCAUUAUCAAACUGUGUGACUACUUACUUUUAAAGGAGGAGGUAACAAUGGCUGGGGUGGGGGGUUAUGAUGCUUGGAGUGUUUCUUUAAACAAUACAUUUUGGAGAAUUGUACAUUUUUGGCGUAAGUGGAGAAAAAAAAUCUGUCCAACUCAGCUACAUUUUGAGCUUGACUAUUGAUCUGUCACGGACUGAAGAUUUGUCGUCGAUGGUUCAUUGGCAAAAGGAAGUGGAACUUCAUUAGCUAUAGUCUAAAUCUUUUUGCAACUUUUUAGAAGUAUAUCCCUGUCCCCCAGCCCAAGUGCAGCUCAUUGCCUGCUCUCUGUUCAAUGGUGACGGCAGAGCCUCUAUUCAUUAGCUUCCUGAGCCCUUGCUGAGUUGUAUACACCUUGUGACUGCAAACGGCCAUAGGUGUUCUGGAGUUCUACCCCACAGCUUACUUGACUUUGCUUAAUUUCCACUCAUCAUCUGCUACGGAGGCGAGUGGAAAUUUUGAGCCCAGGUUAUAGAAAUGAUUACUUUGCGCUUAAAUGUGAACGAUUGAUUGAACAGUCGUUCCAUAUCAUUGUUUGAUAUCACCCUGUAGAGGAGAUCACAAGAUGUCAAUUAGAAUAAUUCUGAAACCUCGUUCUUGUCUUCAGGGUCAUACCAUGGUGGCAGGAUGACUUCAGCUCUGAACAGGAUCUGCUCCUCGUACAGGACACAUAUCUGGAGGUCGUUACUCCGCUGCCAGGAACCCCUAGAAAAAUGGUCCCAUCUGGGCACAUGUUCCCCGGCGGCAGAUUUCCACAGUUCUUCAGUGGCCCCUGCUGGACACAAUAAGUGGUCCAAGGUCAAACACAUUAAAGGCCCCAAGGAUGAAGCCAGAGCACGAUUGUUCGCCAAACUCUCUGUGAUGAUCCGAGCGGUAGUGAAAGGUAAGUGAUGGAGAUGGGAAAGAUUACUUACUGGGCAAUAUAGCUUUGUCCUGUCCUCCUGUACUUCAUCUACGUUUCCCAUAAUGAACUACCCCCAAUGGGGGUUUCUAAGAGGUUCCUAGUUUAUAUGUAUUUCUUUAUUAACUACUUUAUUAAUUGUUAGCCAGGCCCUUUUGUUGUUAUUCAGCAUGUCAUUGACUUGAUGUGAUUUGUAGGAAAUGAGGUCCAAGUGCAGCUGUAAGACCAUGAUUGGGCAGCCUUGAUGUAAGCCAAAGUGACCGAGCAUUGACACUCAUCUGCUUUUCUUGACCUUCUCUUACAGAAGGAGGACCCAAUCCAGAUAGUAAUUUUCAUUUGUCCCAGUUGAUUGAGCAAUGCCGGCAAAGAAACAUGCCCAAGUCUUCCAUUGAAACAGCCAUCAAAGGAGCGGUGAGUAGACAAAGUUAGCCACUAUCUAUUGUUAAUAUCGGUUCAGGCAGCAGCAACAUCAUACACAUGUUCAAACCUUAAAGGGACAUUCUGGCUUUUUGUGUGACGAAUAUGUUGACACCCUUCUCCAAAAUGGCAGAGAAUGGAGCAGUAAGAAUGCAGGGGCAUGAUAUAUACGCCAAAACUGCUUCAUUACACACAAAAAAAAUUUGUGACUAAAGUUUCCCUCUAAGAAUGUCUUUAUGAAACACGGAAUGUGACCGAUCCAAUUUAAAGCACUUCUCCUGGGAUAAGCUUAUCAGUGCUAUAGAAUGUUGAGUAAACAUAACGUCUCUCUGAGUUUGGUAAGAGCUCAUGGAAGAAGCUGGAAUUAAUGUAGAUUUGCAGCAAAUUAAAGAACUGCAUGUGAAAUCUACUUUAAAAAAAAAAAAUAUAUAUAUAUUUUAUUUGGCUAUACCUACCUUAAUAACACAAUAAAUGAGAUAUACCUGCAUGGAAUAUCCAUUUAACUGGGCAAACUAACAUCAUUAGAACAAAAGGUUUUUAGAAUUUCUUGUUGGAGGAGACGUUUGGGAGGCUAUGUCUAAGAUAUUUGGUAUGCUGUUUCUCUUUUAGGAUAAGGCGAAGCCUGCUACCUAUGCUCUGUAUGAGGGAAGGGGACCUGGAGGCUCGUCCUUCCUUAUUGAGGCGCUUACAGACAACAACAAACGAUCCUAUUCAGAUCUCAAGCUCAUUAUGGGGAAAAAUGGGUGAGUUACUGUAGACUUUAGAGUUAACACAACAUAGUCAGUCGAAGCUCUAAAUCAUUUCUAUUAAAGUAGAACAGUCACUACUGAGCUUUUACAACUAAAAGUUAACUGCAAAUUGUGAUUUCAAUUUUCUAAAGUUCUUAGUUUUUUUUAGGUUUUUUUUAGUUUUUUUUUUAGAAGAUUAUAAGCUGAAUUUUACUGUUCUCAUUUAAGAGCCAAGUACUGUAGUCAUGCACAACACAUAUAAAUCACAACUUUAGAACUUUUUUUUUUUUUUUGCAGUGCAUGGUAAGUAGGCAGGCUUGCAUGAACAUAGUAAAAGGUAAACUUCAGGAAAAAAAGCACUGUGAUGUGACAUACAUCAUCCAGAAAAGAAAAUUGUUUUGUGUGUGUCUAUAUGUGUGUGUGUGUGUAUAUAUAAUUAAUGAUAUAGUAAGCAAGGGGUGUCCACCGAUAGGCCCAACAAUCUAACAUGGAUUUGUGUAUUUUUUUGUGGAAUUUGUCAAUAAGUAAUCACAGCAGAAUGUGGAUAUUUAUUUUACGUAAAGGAACACAUUGUAGCAGAACACUAGUACAAGGACUUUUCCUCCGGUGGAUCUGUAAAGACUGGGACUCUGCAACAAGAUGCUGAAGUGUUGAUAGCCCUAUUUCCCCCAGUAACUGGACGACGCACAGUUCUGGGAGUACAACUGAUUUAUUUUGCUCAAACACAGCAUGGGGUCUCCAUACAACAAAAUUACACAAGACCCUCCCAGGCCACCCAUUGUCUGAGAGAUAAUUUAGUGAAAAUUGAGUAACUCAAUAAUCUCUUAGGUACAGGAAAAUAUACAAUAUAUAGAUAGAUAGAUAGAUAUACAAAACACCUCAAAAACAGUCAUAAUUUACAGGAAUCCCACAAAUCCUAUGUCCCAGAAUAGCUCUGAUCUGAGCACCCAACAUAUCCAAAUAGCGCUCAGAUCUGUUUGGUAGAACGGAAUCGCCAUUCGGGUAAAGUUCUGCCUGACCGGCCACGAGACGAUAACCCAAAACAGUUCCAUAAGAAUGGGGGUGUCGGUUUUUGAGGGUUCCUUUGCGAACACAGAUGAAUGUUCCCACCAGUUGGUAGUUCAUAUCUCCUGAACUUUGUUCGCCUGAGGUGGUCGGAAAGUAGAAGGGCAGCAGGACAACUCUACCCGGGUUCGUGGACUCGCAUGGCCGAAAAUAGUUCCAGGUGUUCGACCACGUACCACUGCUUGUGUUCGGAGACGAAAUGGCAUUGGACCACGUGCGUUCGGUUAUACGAAUGGCGGCCACCCAGGGAAAGCACUCGAGUUAAUGUGCUAAGGUGUUAAAGGGACUCUCCAGUGCCAGGAAAACAAACCGUUUUCCUGGCACUGCAGGUCUCCCCUCCCUCCCACACCCCAUUCCAAGUUGCUGAAGGGGUUAAAAGGGAAUAGGAACACAGGUAGGGGGGACCACUAAAAGAGAAUGGGAAUGAACAUUAAUGGAAAUGGGGGGGUGGGGGGGCAAAAAGAGACAUGGAAGGGGGGGGAGAGUAGAGAGGGGGGCUGAGUGGGAGAAAGACACAGAGGGACAUAAGGGGAGAGAAAGACACACAGAUGGGGUGAAAGAGACAAAGAGGGGUUGGAGACGGGCUGGUGGUGAAAAAGAAAUACACAGAGGAGCUGGUAAAUGUAAGACACAAAGGGGAUGGGGGGAGUAAAACACAAAGGGGGGUUCUGAGAGUUACACAAGGGAGGUGUAAGUCACACAAUGGGGAAUAAUAGGGGAUAAGAUACACUGAAGGGGGUAGGACAUUUUAAAAAGGGGAGAAGAAACAAAAGAGGUGGGUUAAGGGGCAUACAGGUGAAGAUGCUUUUGGGUGGGUGGGGGGCACCAAAAUCAUCUUCUCCGGUGUACCCAAAAAUCCUUGCACCGGCCCUGAGAGUGUUCAUUCCUGGCUUGGAAGAGGCUCCACGAGAUGAGUGGAAUUUUUCAGCAAGCUGAUGGCAGCUAUCGGUUUAUUGAGAAACAAAUCAAACUCCAUGACGCCAGAAUUAUCGUGACUGUGGUUUAUUCCAUCCAAGAAAGACACAGCAACAUUUCAACCUUGCAGUCCUUGUAUGUACCACACUCAUUGUGUUUCUGCAAUUGCUGGGUUUUGGUUUUCAUGUUAUGUGGGGAUCUUUGAACACUGCAAGCAGAUGCUUAUUUGGUCUUCCCCUUGAUGUAUUGGUUGACAGGGAAAGCAGAAGAGAUUUCCUCCCCUUCCUUCUGCUCUCCAUGCAUAGCAACCACAACACAUGCAUUGUAGUUGCUAUAGAAACCCCAUAGCCAAUUCUGCUAGCGCUGGCUAGGGAGUAUAGGAACAUCACUGACGACACUCUUCAGCACCCAGCAAGCUGACAAUAAAGCCAGUGUGUUGGAGUCAUGCAGGAAGGUUGUCCUGCAUGGUGAAAUGUCCCCAGGCAGGGCAAGUCAAUGAAGAACGUAGGAGCAGAUUGGAGGUGGGUGUAAUAGUAGUGUAACUCACACCUCUGUAAUGAUAAUGGGGAGCGGGAGCGGAGGGUCAGGUAAGUCAUGACAGGUUCAUUUUAAGCAAGUAUUACAGUCUCUAGUUUAUUUGGCUUGUAUGGACUUAAUUGACCCCAAAACCCCAGUGCCUUUUUUUUGGAUUGAAUUUCAGACUGUGUGUGAUUUAUUCAUUUACGCAUUUGCCAUUUAAAACUUGCUUUUUGUCUGCCAGAGGUUCGAUGUGCGAUGGAGCUCGCCAUUGUUUCGAUAAGAAGGGAGUUGUUAUGGUGCAGACGAAGGAUCGCGAAGGAAACCCUGUGCAGCUGGAACGGGCACUGGAACUGGCUAUAGAAGCCGGAGCUGAGGAUGUGCAGGAAACAGAAGACGAUGAGGAAAAUGAUGUGUACAGGGUGAGCAAAAAGGUGCUAUAGAAUUAAGGGUGGUGUGUGAUGGAACAGCACUACGGAAUUUGCUGGCGCUAUAUAAAAAAAUAAUAAUAAUAAUGGAACAUGGCGAGGAAAGAGUUAACCAAUGAGGGUUAUUUAAAGUGAACUUCAAACUAGGUGAACUGGAAUCAUUCUCUAAGUCGGCUAUGCUUCCAGUUUGGCUACUUUGGUCUUAAAUGUGAAAUUCGCCUUGAAUUCUCACUUUAGAGGUUUUAGUGUGUAAAAUAUGUCUUAUGUGGCUUGUAAUACGACAUACAGUAUCUGCACUUGUUUUUAGUGGAGAUUAGAAAGCUAGAUACACUUGAAGGGCUCCUGUCCCCCUGAUUCUAAUACAGGGCUUUGAGUGACAUCAUGCUCGCCUGUCUCAGAGCCCUGCAAAGGCUAGCUAGGUUCCAACCUUGUAUAAAUAUGCAUUUUAUGUACUAGACUGGGAAUUAUUACCACUAAAUAACCAAAUUGUAAAAAUUCUCCAAUUCCGCUAUUUUUACUUAAAGGGACACUGUAGGCAGUCAGAACGCUUCAGCUAAUUACAGUGAUCUGGUUACAGUGUCCCUAUUGCCCUUAUUGCUGCAAUGUUAAACAUUGCAGGUCAAGAGAAACUGCAAUGUUUACAUGGCAGCUCUAAGUCUGCCUCCAGUGGCUCUCUCCCAGACAGCCACUAGAGGUGCUUUCCUAUGGGGAGGUCUAAUGCGCGCGGCAUUUGUGCACAUUAGAACCUGCUUGUCGCAGGAUGAAGGAGGAGAUUUGAUCCAGUGCCGAAGGACAUCGGUGGAGGGAUCAGGUAAGAAAAUAAAGGGUUUUUAACCCUUUUUUUACUGGGUGAGGGAGAAGGGAGCGAUAGAACCAGGAAUACAGCUUUGUAAUCCUGGUACUAUAGCAUUCCUUUAAAAUUUGCAGUUCUCAUGUUAAUUCCCAUUGUGCAUUUAUUAUAGUGAGUUUGUUGCAUAAUGAUAAACUUUUGGCUUCUUCGUCUUUUAUUUUCUGAUACAACCUCACCCUCUGUUCUCUGACCCAUGUUGUAUCGCUUAUCUCUCCAGUAUAUCUGUGACGUGCCAUCCUUACAUGAUGUCAGAUCCAAUUUGGUGUCUUUGGGAUUAGUGCCAAUCUCCUCUGGACUGGAGUUUCUUCCAAAUAUCAAAAUCAACCUCUCAGACACUGACAUGGAAUCGGCAUCACAACUACUAGAAUUGAUAAACAACCAGCCGGACGUUAUGCGGGUCUACGACAACAUUGAGUAGAUCAGAAAAUCACAGAAUGAAGACAGUACCCAGGAUUCUGUCUUAUCCAAGUACUUUAAGCCACAUCUGAUAAAGUAUGUCACCUUUUAUCCACGGUCUGUAAAUAACGGCGGGUAAAGAGACCGCCAACGUGGGACGUGUUGUCAGAAAGUGACUUUGAGCUAUUGACCAUCUGCAAGUUUUGACACACAUCAAUAGAAUGUGGCUGUGCUUCCAACUCCCUUCAGUUCUAAUAUAAAAUAACUUUAUAUUUUUUAUUUGAGCCCUCAUUUUUGAACAUCAUCAAGAGAAAUCUUUGGUUGCCCUUUCGACAGAUUCUCUGAACAGAUCCACGCCAAUGUACUAAUGCAUCUCUUUCACUUACCAUCCACCAAUCAUAAACUCGAUAUCCUCUUCUCUAGUAACUCAACAGCCCUUGAGCUCUUUUGGAUUUAUUUCACCAAGCUCUGGAGAAAUGCAAAAAAAAUCAGAGCUGUGGCUAUAGCUGAAAUGAAUAAAUGCUUCCAAAUAUGCUAUCAUGGUCUAAAUUUUACAGUUUGUUUUUUAAAGGGAUACUAUAGUGCUAGGAAUACUUUUAUUUUUUAACUUUUAAUUGCUAUCCUCAGGUGCUACUGUUAAAACUAAAUACAGGAGAGUGCAGACAGGUAUGAUACUGAUCAAGAGUAGAUUUGACUCCAGUGGAAACCAGUAUCUAAUUAGCACAUGCUAGAGCAGAUCAUGUUAUUUAAACAGCAAUGUAUUGAUUAGUUUUUAAAGGUUUUACUUUCACAUUGGGCAUAUGAAGUCUUGUUACCAAAUCUGUCCCAUAUUCAGCAGGAACAUGAAAUCAUACACUACUCAGGGAGUCUUCUAAAUCCCUAUUCUUCAAUAUCUAUUUUACCUGGUUUAAAUCCGCCAAUUGAAUUUAUUUAUUUAUUAUAAAAAGAAUUGUCCACUAAUUGAAGAAUGUUUUAUAUACCACAU